UGGUGAUGCUUAGAGAGAAAGAACAUUUGUGGAUAGGUUAAAAAAAAUCAACUUGCUGUGCUGGAUCCAAAUCUUUUUACCUUCUCAGUAAUGGAAAAAGACUCAAACAGGAAAAUGCCCUGUAGGCUGGAGUUAAUGGUGUUACUUGUUUUGCUGACAACUGUCUCGUCUAUUACUCUGAGCAGAAACAACCUCACAGAAGCCGUGGGAUAUUUAAGGAAGUACGGCUACCUGCACAUCCCACUGGACAGUAAAGACCUAAACCCUCCACCCGAGAAGAUAGCAGAAGCCCUGAGAAUCUUUCAGGAAGCGACCAACCUGCAAGCAUCAGGAAACCUGGAUUCAGCCACACUGAGCAUGAUGAACCAACCUCGCUGUGGCCUAGAAGAUUCUUUCAAUCCCAGAAGUCUAAAAUAUCGAAUCAUGGGUUACUGGCGUAAGAAGAUGCUGACGUACCGCAUAUACAAUUACACUCCUGACCUGGGUCGGGAAAAAACACGUCUUGCCAUCCAGGCUGCUUUUAGGUACUGGAGUGAUGUGUCAACUUUAAGGUUCAAGGAGGUGCCAGAUGGACGAGCAGACAUCAAAAUCUCCUUUCACAGAAAAGACAAGACAUGCCCAGUGCCCUUUGACGGGCGAGGCCAUGUUUUAGCUCAUGCUGAUGCCCCUGAGUCAGGCAUAGUACACUUUGAUGAAGAUGAAGUGUGGACAGAGGGGAAAAGCUACGGCUCCAACCUGAGGAUUGUGGCAGCUCAUGAGAUCGGCCAUGCUCUUGGCCUGGGCCACUCACAAUACUACAAUGCACUGAUGGGACCCAUAUACAGUGGAUACCGCUCUGACUUCAAGCUACACCCAGAUGACAUACAAGGGAUCCAAGCUUUGUACGGAAAGCCAGAGAAAAGCUCUCCAUCCAGUUAUCCUCAGCGACCAGUGCCAGAAGGAAUUUUCCCAGAUCCCUGCAAGACCUCUCUGGAUGCAGCUAUGUUGGGCCCUUCACAUAAGAUGUAUGCUUUCAGUGGGCAGUACAUGUGGACAGUUUCCAGCUCUGGUUACAGCACCCCAACUGCGAUUUCUUCGUUGUGGAGGGAGCUGCCAGGAAGCCUCAGUGCAGCUGUUCAUUCACAGCGAACUGGGAAAUCCUACUUUCUGAAAGGAGACAAAGUGUGGAGAUACACUGGCUUAAAACUUGACAGCGGCUACCCCAGACGGCUGACUAGCAUCCCUGCUAACAUUGACUCAGCCCUCUACUUCCCAAAGAACAAAAAACUGAUCUUUUUCAAAGGCUCUGGAUACUGGCAGUGGGAUGAAAUCGGCCCAACAGAUCUCCGCUCGUAUCCCAGAUCUAUUGGGCAACUCUUCAAAGGAGCACCCAGCAACCCCGAUGCUGCUGUAACAGGGUCUGAUGGACAUGUAUACAUGUUUAAAGGCAACAAGAUGUGGCGUGUAAACCAGCAGCAGCAAGCGGUGGAGAAGGACUAUCCUCAGGACGUUGCAUCACAGUGGAUGCAGUGUGAUGACUGAGCCACCAGAGGCCACCAGAAGCCACCAGGGAUUUGGCACAAACCUGAUUCACCAGUGUGGGUCUACUUCACUUUUCUGUGAAAUCACAACUUAGCAUACUUAUUUAAACAUUUACUAUUAAAUCUUUUACAGCUAUUCAUAGAACAUUUGUCUUUUACUUUCAUAAUGACAUGCUACUGCUCCUCCUUCACAUUUAUUACUUCCUUAAGGCUGAAAGAGGAGGCUGUAUCAUUGUCAUUAAAGGUCAGCAGCAGCUGUGAGUCAUUCAUAAUCAAAUGUGAUGAAUAUGUGGCCAGUACUACUUAUCUGUCACUCUGUUUCUAACAUUUAUAUCAUCUAGACUGUAGCCAACUGUCAUGUGUGACACUGUGUACUGUAUUCAUGUGUGCAUAUUUAUUAUGUCGUCUGUGGAUUGCAUAUACUGUGUUUUCUGUUUUUUUCUUUUAAUCUAACUAGGAAAAACUAAUAAAAUAUGUCUGGCUUAGCUAACAGAUGUAUUUUA